ACAUAAUAAUUUUCAAAAAAGUUAACAAAACUGUGAAUUCAUCAAUAAUCACUAAUAUUAUAUAUAUGCAUGUAGGAUCCAGAUGAAACAUAAACCCAAAUUACUUCCACAGAGCAAAAAAAGUAAAAGAAAAGAAAAGAAAAGAAAAGAUGAUGAUCAAAACCACAAUCGCAAUCCUUCUCUUGGCGGCGGCGGUGGUUAGCCAACUGCCAACUGGUAUACCGGCGGCGGACAUAUCACGACGACCGCCGCCGGAGAAUGGGCCACUCUUCGCCAGGUGGCUGGUUGGAGAGUGCCGGUGGGGCGUCCUCAAUACGCUGGACCGCCAAAACGGGUUUCCGUUUGGCAAUGUGGUCUCGUAUACCGACGCCGCCACCGGAGUACCAUAUUUCUACCUAUCGAAAACGUUCGAUCCCACCGGACCGAACGCACUCAGCAACAACCGCUCCUCCUUCACCCUCAGUGAAGCGGAGCUGGGUACCUGCAGCGUGGACCCCCAAUCCCCCCUUUGCGCCAAAAUCACACUAUCCGGCCAGCUUUACUUGCUUCCGGAGAACUCAAGCGAAGCUAAAUCUGCUGAGAGGGAGUUGUUCAGAACGCACCCCAUGUUGGCAGGGUGGCCGAAGACUAAAGGCAACUUUGGUGCCUUUAAAUUAGUAGUAGGGGAGAUAUUUUUAGUCAAUAUGUUCGACGCUUUCAAAAAGGUUUCUGUAUUCGACUAUUUUAACGUUACCUUUUGAAAUGCGUAAUAAUGUAAAAGAAUAAUAUAAAAAUGGCAGCAGCUUUUUUUAA